GACGGAUCCUUCCUGUUUGGUUCAAAAGAGCAUCUUCCGCCUGGUGCGUGCCGCCAUAGAGUUCCUCUACCACGGUGCAAGAUCUUCUCAUGGCACCGCCUCGUCAAAGUCCGAUUGGUUUGCAGCCGAGUAAGGCCGAACUGCAACGAUUUUGUCGACAACGGGAUGAACUGUUCGACCGGUACGGGCUCCGGAUGGGUGCGGAAGGGCGUUGGUCGUUGCCCGCGUUGGAGCGGCCCCGAAGAGGCGAAGCCGUGGAGCCGUGGAUCGGCGCCAUCAUCCGGCUCUCCGAGGCGGUGCUGAGAGCGGACCUGGAAAAGGCGGACGACGUGCUGAAUUUGCAUUCCAAGUUCGGUCUUGGUCUUCUCCCUGAGUGGAAAGCCUUCUUUGAGAUAUUGAAAAGAGAGCUUCUUCCGCAGCGGUUGACCGCCCUGGCGUCCUUGAGGCAAACGGGAAUUCCGGAGGCCACGGAAGUCCUUGGCCUGUUGCUCCGGGAGCUUUGGGCUCGCAUCACAGGAGGCAACUCCAAGCUCUGUGACCUAGAGACAGCGCAGUUGCAGCGAUUGCUGGACUUGAUGCAGAAGGCCAUCGCAGAUUGGGAUCGAGUGAAGAAUCCAAACCAGAUCGAGUGGUGUGGCCACUUCUGUGGACCCAUUUGGUCCCUCCGGCAGAGUCGUGGUGAGGGUCCUCCGGAUCCUGUGGACUACGACAUGGCCAUGGAGGAUUUGAGGCUUCUAAGAGACAAAGCCCAAUGCAUUCUGACCACAAGGGAGCUCACAGUAGAUCAAGAGGGAAUGAGACAAGACACGAAUGGGUUGAAGGAUGUGACGUUAAGCUUGAAGGAGGAAGUGAAGGAAUUGCAACACGACAAGUUGCAGAUGAAGAAGGAGUUGGAGAGGCUGAAUUCAGAGAAAGUGACGGAGAUGGAUGACAAACUGAAGAAGAUGGAGCACGAAUAUUCAGCCGCGAGGGAGCUGCAUGAGAAGCUGCAGAAUGAGCUCCUGAGGGUGAAAGAUGAGUCCCGUCAGUUGCAGAAUGAACAGCUAAAGAUGAAUGAGGAGUUGCAGCAGGUGAAGUCGGAGAAUGACAAGUUGACAUGCCAGGUGAAGGAGAUGGAGGAGAACAUGAAGGAGAUGAAACAUGAGUCUUCGGCCUGGAAGGAGCUGCGUGAGAAGCUGGAGAGUGAACUUUUGAUGAUGAAGGAUGUGCUGAUGGAGUUGCAGAUUGAGAAGAUGAAGACAAAUGAGGAGCUGCAGGAGGUCAAGGUGGAAAAUGAGAACAUCAAGUGCCAAGUAGCCCACGUUGAGGCGACUCAAAGAGUGCAGGUCGAGGUGCAUCUCAAGUCCUUGGAGUCAGAGUUGCUGAACAUGAAGGGUGAGCUGCAGGAGUUUAGAAAGAAGAACGAAGCAUCAAGCAUGAAGACAGAGUCGGAGAAGCUGGAGUUGCAGAGAGAGCUGCUGAACAUAAAGAAGGAUUUCAUGAGCAUGAAAUAUGAUCCCUUGACGUCCAAUGACAACUUGAAGAUGAAGAAAGACUUGGCUGAGUUGAUGCUGCACCAACUGUUGCAUGUGUCCAGUUGUGCAAAGACCGAGUUCAGCGACGUCUGCUCAGAGGCGUCUUGGGUCAAAAUCGACGAAGAGACCAGCAUGCUGCUCAGUGCAAGCUCCGGCUUUUCUGUGGACACAAGUGGUCCCCACUGCUUUACGCUUGACACCAUGUUCAAGACGCCUACGGGCUCCUUCCUGAGCGCUCUGCAGUUGCUGAAAGACACUCAGAUCCUGGCAGCCGAUGGGUCCACCGUCUUGGUGGUUGCUUCACCUCCAGAACAGCACGCUGCCCGAGGGACAGUGGUCCUCGAGGCAAACGAAGCUAAACUGAAAGUGACUACGGACCA